AUGAGCUCCUGCCUAGGUACGGUCCUGUCGACGAGGGUGGAUGUCGGCACGCCUGCGGGACGUCUGCGGGAGGAUCUCACGACUGUCGCGUCCCUUUCGCCGCUGAUCGGCGGGCCGCGAGCGCUCCGCGUGCACUCGGCGCUCUUCAUGGACCGCGACGAGGGCGGCCUCGUCGGGUGGGACUUUGUGCCUCAGGCCGCGACGGAGGCGGCCACGCUGAGACGGCUCCUCUCCCUCAGAGCGGUGAGGGGCGAGCGGCGGCGGCUGUACGCCGCCGACGCUCGGGGCAUGUGUGUCCUCGGCUCCGCAGCGGCGAGCGCGGACGCCGCGGAGGAGUGCUCGCUGCAGCGGCCGGCCGACCUCCACCUGGUCAGCAACAACUGCUGGGCGCACACGGCGCGGGUGGCCUCGGUUGCGCUGGGAACGACCAGCGCAGGAGCGGCCUGGGCUCUCCUCAUGUCGGCAAUGUCGGCGCGGGUCGCGGUCGACGGGUCGGCGGCGGAGGCGGAGGCCGCCACCGCCCGGCCGCUGGUGGAGCCGGACCCAACCGCGGCGGCGCUCUCUCGGGAGAAGGCGCGCCGUUUCGGGCGGGACCUCGCUUCCUUCCUCUCGGACGAGGACGCGCUCCAGUCGGCCCGCGCUGCCGCAGCCUUUGAGGCCGCGCUCAGGGCCGAGGAGGAGGCGCGGGCAGCAGGCGAGAGGUCACGGAGGCCGCCCUGGCUCGAGUCUCUCGUCGCUGCCUCCGCGGUCGCGCUCGCUUUGACCGCGGGUUUGCGGCUCGGGGAGGAGACCGGCGUGUUUGGGGCCUCGCUCGACCCCGCAUACCUGGGUGGCGAGUCCGGCAGAGCGACGCUGUACAACCUAUUGGACUGA